AUGAGUCGCACCAUUCUCAUCUUGAACCUCAAAGGAAGGAUUCCUUCUAUUGGACUGGUAUCUUCUCAAGACGGACAGCCGACUUUCGCCGAGUUUGCCGUUGAAACCGACGAUGACACAAGCGUGGUGUCAAUGGAGCGAUUCAGGUAUUUGCUGAAGUCAGUCCGUUGUACCAAUACUAGUUUGGCCGUCAAUUUCAAAAGCCAGAAGUCGUUCGACUACAUCAAGCAUUCAUGGAAAUGGGUUAAUGCGAUUGAACGAAACACUCUUAUUGUGGUCGCCGGCACUGGUCAGUGUGGAUGGAAUACGCAUAGAGUGCCAUUCGCUGCUUCGAAAAUUGAGUUUGACGACCACACCAAGACUGCGAAAUUGCAGGUUCGACGAUCAGAAUGGAAGGAUAUUUUCCACUCCUUUGAGCUUUCUGUGGGUAGAGUGGCUAAAGAAGAAGCGCACGAUACAUGUGUCGCGCCACAACACACAAAAAGAAAAGAGCACGAGAAAACCUUGACUAUGAGUUUUGAUCAUCCGUGGAAUCUUCCUCAGAAGGACUUCUCUACCCCCGAAGAUCCCUUCUCUUUAACACUGUCGUGCGAUCAAUGUGGCACAAAAGGAAGCUUCGAACUCGGUUUCUACCUUAGGACCAAGAAACAUAUACCCAAGGCCGCAACGUUCACGCUUACACCCCACGGCGUGUCUGCAAGACUGGGGCCCAAGUUAACAUUAAGUGGAGACUUCACCGAAGAGUACUCUCAACAGCUCGACCUUGCGGAGAUACCAAUUUACGGGUAUUCAAUCCCUGGCAUCUUAGAUCUAGGCCCGCAAAUUGUCUUUAGCCUUGGUUUCAGCGUGGGUCCGGUGUCUGGCUCUGCUUCUGUUUCCUCGGGGAUAGACAUCAGCCUUCUGGACUCUGCAGAGCUCAAGAUUGACCUUCUCUCACCUCAUGUAGUGCACUCAGGGUGGACUCCCCAGGUUCGUGCAGAACCGGUACAGGUAGAUGCUCGAAUCGAAGCCGGCGUUAAUAUUCAUGCCAAAGCUGCAAUCCAAUUGGCUGCAGAGACUCUUGGCCAUGGAUUUGCAGCAGGAGUCAACUUGAAGCCUGUCCUCGGGGCCACGUUAUCUCUCUCCGAGUCAACCGCUGGGGUCUGCGAGGAUGAUGAGAAACAUCAUGUUUUCGGGGUCAGUGUGGCUCCCUCGGCUGGAGUUAGUCUCAACGCGGAGAUAACGAGAGCCAGUGGCAAGGGGAACCCUUUGGCAAAGCUCACAAUUGCUGAUCUCAAUGAGGCCUUACCAGAGACGUGUAUUGGCUUCGGUCCAGUUGUUGCAAAUAGCAGCCUACCAGCCAAACGAGAUUCAAGCGGAAUGGCGAGCAGCCAGUCCGAUGCUGAUUCUUUAUCUACUGCCUCUUCCUCCGAUGCUCAUCACAGACAUCACAGGAGACAUCAUCAUCAUCAUCACGGUAGAAGGCAUUAG